AUGAACGAAUCGAUUCUAUCAAACGUCAGCCCUCGGCGAUCUCUCAGCGUUCAACUUUCCUCCCUGAUGAUCGUCGACGACAGCCUAUCCUACGGCAAACUCCCUUCCCAAAACCUCACCCUCACCAUCCUCAAACUCGAUUCAUCUUCGUUCCAAGUUGAAGUUGCUAAAACAGCAACUGUUGCAGAACUCAAGGAUGCGGUAGAGGCGGUGUUUAGACCGGAGAAAAUAUCGUGGCCACUUGUUUGGGGGCAAUUUUGUUUAUGCUACGAAGCACAGAAGUUAGUUACAGAAACGGAUUAUCUUAGAGAUUAUGGUAUCAAGGACGGUGAUCAGCUUCAUUUCGUUCGCCAUAUAUCUAACGUCUGUAGUAUUCAAAGGAAACCGAAGAAACGGACUGUCAAUUUGAACCAACACGGGAGGUGCAGAUCAUCGUCACAAGUGAAUAGAUAUCAACAGAAAGAAAAUGGUGAUGCGAACAACAUUGGCUUAGAUAGUAUAGUCAUAGAGAGUGGGAAGGUUCAGAAUCACAACACAGAAGAAAAUCGCGCUGGAAUGGGCAAGUUAACUGGAUAUUUGGGAGGUAUGUUCUCUGAGGCCCGGAUGGCAGUUGUGAGAAGAGCUAGAAUGGAAGGUGGGAUUUCCAGAGGCAUAGCAAGUAGUUUUAGGAAAGUUAAAGGGAUUGUAGGUCAAUGCAGAAAGCCACAUAAAAGAAGCACAUGGAAAGAGUUUUCAAGUUGA